AGCAUCAUGGCCAAUGGUCGAGGGAUUUGAUUGAGAAAGUUGGGCUGAUUCUCGAGCAUCCGCGCCAACCAAGACGUGCUUCUGCGAGCCCCGACUGAACCGAACAGACAGCCAUGCAAGCCGCACUCGUCCCUUUUCAGGAAGCCCAUGCCACUGGUUUGGCCCAGCCUGUCGCAGACUUCCUGAGUCCAGUCCCUCCUGCGCAUAACCCAGGUCGAUUAUAUGACUUCUACCGCGCGUCGAAUGAUGAUAAAAUCGAAGGCGACGUCCGCUAUGCGCUCAAGUACAACAAGAACACGCGCAUGUCCCCAAAGGAAAGCGGAGCCUGGGUCGACAUCAUCGUGAGCUACUGGCGCGCGGUCAAGGAAAUAAUAAGGGCGGACGAGGCAGCGAACCAAGGCAGACUCGGAGACCGCCAAUAUGUCCUCGUGUAUGACACAUGGAAAGACUUGACGAGUACCUUCAUCAAGCACAUAUCGAACGGACUGCUGCCACCCUGGGUCAUCUUCACACUUUACUUCACUGCGAACCACCUGAGGAAGAUUGCUAUUAGGGCAGACGAACAUUUGGCCAAGUCGAAACCUGCAGCCUUUAGUACCGGCUUCUCGGACGACGUAGUGACCACCGUUGCCCAAAACCAGAAGCUCGAGGAAGCUGCACGAGUCUUCAACCGGAUAUUCGCUCUUUGUCUAGGGGACAGGAACCCAGAUCUGUCCGAGUCUCGCAAGUGGGGUGUGUAUUGCAUAGCCAAUCUACAGUUUAAGACGUAUUUCAAGUUGAAAGCUAUCAGCCUUUCGAAGAACGUAGUGCGGUCGAUCGAGGCACAGAGUGACCUUCCACCCUUCGAGCUAUAUCCCAGAGCGCACCGAGUCACAUACAAAUACUAUACAGGCGUCCUUGCCUUUCUACAGGAGGAUUAUGCAAAGGCGGAGAAGAAUUUACAGGGAGCUUGGGAGUCUUGCUGGUCACGCUCUCUUCAGAACAAGUCCCUCAUCCUUACCUAUCUGAUACCUUGCCGUCUCAUUACACAACAUAAGGUCCCCUCAGCGGCCCUGCUCGCCGCAGCACCACGUUUAGAACGCAUCUUCGGACCCCUCGUAUCGUGCAUAAAGCGAGGCGAUCUUACAGGCUUCGACAAGGCCCUUGCAGAAGGCGAACCCGAGUUCGUUCGUCGCCGCAUCUUCCUAACUCUCGAGCGAAGCCGCGACAUCGCCUUGCGUAACCUACUCAGGAAAGUCUACCUAGCUGCAGGCUUCGACGAUUUAAAAGAAGGACAAACGGAGAAGGACAGGAUACGGAAGUCUAGGAUACCGUUAGCGCACUUUGUGGCGGCCCUCAAGAUGGGUAUGUCAGGAGAAGGCAGCGGCCAAGCCGUGGAGGACGAUGAGGUCGAGUGCUUAUUGGCGAAUCAGAUAUACAAGGGGCUAAUGAAGGGUUAUAUUUCCCGCGAGCACGCCAUGGUCGUUCUGAACAAAAAGGGUGCUUUCCCCGGAACAGGGGUGUGAAGCCUAAAGUGCAUUGCCUACUCCUAUCCACAGUAGCACAACCCGACACCGAUCAAGUACGCAAUGCGACACGUCACUGGAUAGCACGACCACACCGUUGCACCACUGCUACAUGAUCAGCGUCUUCGUACGCAAGCACAGGGUGCCCCGUCGCAGUGCAUUGCAGACCAAGUCACUGCGCGCAAAGCAGGCGGUGCUGCAUGCAAGAAGACAUCGGCUAUAGAUACCGAUACAUCAAUAAGAACUGCGAUCUACUCAAACCGUCUAG